UUAACAUUAGCACAAACAAAAAGAAUGGCAACUCAAAAAGAAUCCCUUGAAAAGUUACGCAUAGCAAUAUACCCAUGGUUUGCUAUAGGCCAUAUUGGUUCAUUCCUACCCUUAGCCAAGAAACUAGCUCAGAAUGGGCAUCAUGUGUAUUUCUUUAUCCCUUCCAAAACACUUUCUAAAUUAUCCCUUCAAAACCAAUACCCUGAUCACCUAACAUUCAUCCCCAUCACGGUUCCACUGGUUGACGGGCUACCCGCCGGGGCCGAGACCACCAACGAUGUUCCUGACUCGCACGUAGGGUUCCUCCUACAUGCUAUGGACCAGACCCGGGACAGUAUCGAGACCCGUUUAACCCAACUCAAACCCCACAUUGUGUUCUAUGAAUUUGCUUAUUGGAUCCCUGAAUUGGGUCUAAAACAUGGGUUUAAGUCAGUUUUUUAUGCACUUUCAAGUAUGGCAAGUUUAGCAUAUUUUGCCCCUAACUUAAAAGAAGGUAAAAGAUCUUCCAUUGAUGAGCUUGUGGCCCCACCACCUGGUUUUCCUACCCAAACAUUUAGAAUGCACAUUGAAGAAGCUAAGGGAGUAACAAAAAUUUGUGAAAAUGCUGAUAAUUUAGGAUUAGGUAUAACAAUGCCUCAAAGGUUUUUUAUAGCUUUUAGAGAUUGUGAUGCUAUUGCUGUUAAGACUUGUAUGGAGAUGGAAAAGGUUUAUAUUGAGUAUGUUGAGAAGGUGUUUGGUAAGCCUGUGCUUUUAGGUGGGCCCAUGAUUCCUAACCCAUCUUCUUCAAAGCUUGAUGAAGAGAUUGAUGAGUGGUUAAAUGGUUUUGAGGAAGGUAGUGUUGUGUAUUGUGCACUUGGGAGUGAAGUUGUUCUUCAUAUUGAUCAGUUUCAUGAGCUUGUUCUUGGCCUUGAGCUCACAGGUAGGCCUUUCUUGGCGGCCAUCAGACCCCCAAAAAAUCACAAUAAAGUCGAGUCGGCUUUACCUGAAGGAUUUAUCGAAAGAACAAAAGGCAAAGGAAUGAUAAAAGGAGGAUGGGUUCAACAACAACAAAUCUUAAGACAUCCAUCAGUAGGGUGUUUUAUAACACAUUGCGGACUUGGGUCUUUAUCCGAAGCUAUUAUGAUAAGUGAUUGUCAAGUUGUGUUGAUGCCUCAAGCAUUCGAACAAUUCAUUAAUGCGAAGAUGAUGAGUUUAGAAUUAAAGAUCGGGAUUGAAGUCGAGAAGGGAGAAAAUGAUAAAUUGUUCACCAAACAGGCUAUUCAAACAACAGUUUCCUUGGCAAUGGACCAGGAUAGCCAAAUUGGGAAAGAAGUUAGGAAUAAUCAUGCCAAAUUGAAAGAGAUUUUGUUGAAGGAUGGUCUUGAAGAUUCUUACAUAGCUACCUUCAUUCAAAGUCUACGAGACUUGCUUUGAUCUAUUUAAAAUAUGUGAUUUAUUCUAGUAAUUGUAUUCUAUCUUUGGUAAAUGGAUUUUGAAUAGCUUUUGGAUUUUUUUUUUGUUGGUUGAUUUAUAAGUCAUAAAAAGUGUGAUAUAUUGGUUUUGUGUUACUUGUUGAUUCUCUUUUGGAUUUUUGUAUCAUGGUUG